CAACUUGGACGAACAGUUUCAUUGCAGGUAAGACACGACAGAAUAGAAUGAGCCAGCGAGACCCCAACCCCAAGCGAUGAUUUCUUGAGGAUAUGGUAGAGAUGAUGGAACAACAAAGUGUGUCAUUGCUUUCCGAAAAAGAAUAUCGCGUAAACUCUUUUCUCCGAAGAGAACGAUGAACGUACUKUAUUCGUACCUUUUUCAUGUGCGUUUACGAAAUAAUUAAGAAUUAUCUUUUGUCUUGCUCAAUAAAUUAUAUCGUUCUUCCGACUGAUUUUUCUACAGAACUACCUAUCAAUUUCAUGUCAAGCCACAUAAUGUUUUCCAAAACUUUCAUUUUGUUAUCCUGGUUAGCCUCUCCUGUUGYUAUCGUUGCCUUUCGCGGUACAGAGAAUCCGACAGGACUCAAGGGACUCGAAACUCCCCUGGUUCUCAAGGAGCCUCGGGUAAUUGCAUCUGAAGUCGACGAAAUGAAGAACCUCAUUACCAUGGACACCAUGAGCGAAGUGGGAAAGGCUAUUACGGCGGAUGACAUGGCYCGCGGUGCCAGUGCUCGAAAACGCAUAGAGAUUGGAAUAUUCAAUGCCCCGAGCGACUACGUCGAAGAGUACUGGUACAAUCCAACGAUCCAUACGUUCGGAAACAUUGGGAUUUUUGGYGGCUUUCAUGCUGCUCUGGCUCCAAUCAGUACCAAAAUCAUAGACAUGGUUGCCUAUGAUGGAGAAGAUAUUCGAUCUACCGUAAGUUUAGUGCGAUGCAAUACGUUGCAGAGAAAUCAGGAAUGCGGAUGAUUUCGUAGAGUUUGUGUAUGUGUAAUUGUGUAUGUUUGUUUGCCGCUAUUCGCRUCACUAACCGAUUCWUUUGUUUGCUAAUUCAUUCGUUUCUGUUGACURUAUCUUUGUCUUCGUUCAAGGUCGCACAAAAACUCUCAAGAAUUGUCGAGGCCCGCACRAGCAGGUGUGGGAGGCCGGCCAGAGUGCUCGAUAUGUGUUGUGGAGUCGGCAUYUCUACCCGUGCAUUACAAGACGCCUUUCCGGACUCUGAUUGUGUUGUCGGCUUGGAYACGUCUCCCGAAAUGGUCAACAUGGCCAWUUUUUUGACAACCCAUCUUAGUUUCGUGAAGCCCCUCAUGGCGCUYGUAAYUCCCGACAAGUCAAAAAAGAACAAGAAACCCAACUUACUCGCACRAAACUGGGGAUUCUCUUCYAGGAGRGCRCAAUUCUUUACUGCCAACGCAGAGCGAACCAAUUUCCCGAGCAAAACRUUCGAUUUGGUAACCGUAAUGUACGCAUUUCAUGAAGCUCCCGAAAUCGGCAGAGAAAAGAUUCUUCAAGAGGCUCAUCGGGUUUUGCAACCUGGUGGCACACUUGCUGUAAUCGACAUAAGCACCGACUAUACACCAUCARAGCCCAUGUUGGCCGGAGAGCCGUAYGGUAAGUAUCAUGUUGAUGAGAUCUCUCAGCUUUUCUCCACUGUUUUCCUAUGGCGGUGAUUGUUCUUAUCUCAUUAGAAAAAGACUAAAGAAUUAACUUUUCU